UGUCAUACUCUGAAGACAAAUCGAUGUUCUCCUUUUUAGACGGCUCAGAUAAACACAAAGCGGAUUGAACGCUUGAAAAGUCUUUCUCAAUUAUUUUUAUUAAGACUUUAUAAUUGUUUUACGAGUGCACACGCCUUUGUUUUUUCAUAGAUUUUUAAGCUACUGAUCAAAGCUGAACGUUUCUGGAAGAAGUCCUCUAUUGAUUUUAAACACGACAACCUGCAAGGUACUGGAUCUGUGUAAUUGCAUUAAACUGAAGACCUCCGUGUUGAACUUUCUGAAGGAGCAGCGGUGAGGUUUGGAGGGUAGUGAACGAACAGAUGAUUUAACUUUCCUCGCCUCGCGUUACCCUUACACGGAGACCAAAGAACCAGUAAUACCAUCAAAACGGCUGCCAUGCUUUCUAUCUUAACAAUUUUGCUGCACAUCUGCUCCUCAGCCAGCUCUUUCAAUAUCAACUCCCAGCUCCCUCCUCUCCCUGGGGACUCUUCCACACAGUUUGGACACAAAGUCCUCCAGUUUGGCUCUGGAAACAGAACAAGGAUUAUUGUCAGCGCCCCUCUAAAAGACAAUGGGACAGGAGGACUGUACAGCUGUCAGUACAGCAGCCAGGACUGUGCAGCUAUCAACCUCCACGGGCAAGCUGGGAUAUCUCUGGGGCUCUCCAUGGCAACAGAUACCCACAAUGCAGAUCAUCUAGUGGCUUGUGGUCCCAGGUUGUCUCACUACUGCGACCGGAACAGUUUUCUCAAUGGAGUCUGCUUCCUGCUCAUUGAAAACCUCAAUGUCUCGGAGACGCUCAAGCCAGCUUUUCAAGAAUGCACUGACUCUGGCCUUGAUGCAUUAAUCCUGUUUGACGAUUCUGUGAGCAUCACUUCCAAGGAUUUUAAUACCAUGAACACAUUUAUCAAAAACACCAUUCGAAUGUUCACCGACCCCAAAGCACAGGUUGCCGCGGCUCAGUUCUCCACCGUGACCCGGCCUGUCUUCCAGUUUGAGAACUUCCGGUACAAUCGAAACCCGGAUGUGCUGAUGCAACACGUCCAGCAGACGAGGGGAAACACGUACACUCCCAGCGCAAUCAAAUACGUGCUAGAUGAAAUGUUCACAGAGGUGAAAGGAAUGCGCCGGGAAUCUAAGAAGCUUCUCAUCGUGAUCACGGACGGACUGUCUAAUGACAAACUGACAUUCCAGGAUGUUAUUCCGCUGGCAGAGAAGCGCGGGAUAAUCCGAUACGCCAUUGGGGUCGGCAGUGACUUCAAGAACUCUCUAAAAGAGUUACAAGCCAUAGCGUCGGACGGCAACGUCUUUAACGCUGACAGUUUUGACGCCCUCAGCUCUAUCCAGGAACAACUCAAGGAAAGAAUAUUCGCCAUUGAAGGGACCAACAAGAGAUCCAACUUCAGCUCCUUCCAAAUGGAGCUUUCCCAGGGCGGCUUCAGCGCUGCUUUCGCAGAGGGGGCGCUGUUACUGGGAGCUGUGGGAUCCUUUGACUGGUCUGGAGGAAUGGUGGAGGUACGGGACGGCCAGAGCACUUUUAUAAAUGCCUCCUCUCAGGACCCGGACAUGAAGACGUCUUACCUGGGAUACUCUGUGGCGGCUGGUCGGACGGGACAGGGGGUUCUGUAUUUUCUGGGGGCGCCCCGAUACAGACACAAGGGCAAAGUGAUCGUGUUCCAGAAGAGAAACUCAAACUGGGUCGAGACUCAGCACAUCCAGGGGGAACAGAUCGGGUCUGCGUUCGGCUCGGAGCUCUGCUCGGUGGAUGUCAAUGCAGACGGACAGACAGACCUGCUGCUGAUCGGAGCCCCUCUCUUCCACCAGGAGGGAGUCGGGGGCAGGGUGACUGUGUGCGUGCUGGAGCCAGCGGGGAAUGUCUCCUGCAAUUCCUCCCUCUAUGGUUCUCAUGGGAAUCUCUUGGGGAGAUUCGGAGCAGCGAUCGCUCGGACGGCCGAUCUCAACGGAGACAAUCUGUCGGACAUCGCCAUCGGAGCGCCGCUGGAAAACAACUGGCACGGGAGCGUCUAUAUCUUCAUCGGGGAGAGGAGGGGGGUGCGAUCGGGGUACAGCCAGAAACUCGAGGGAAUGUCCUUCAGUCCCAGCCUGCAGUUCUUCGGUCAGUCUGUCCACGCCGCCGGUGACGUCACCGGGGACGGGAUGACGGACAUCGCGGUCGGAGCAAAGGGGGCUGUCGUCAUUCUGAGGUCCCAGCCGGUAGUCAAUGUCUCAGUGUCCGUGUCGUUCUCUCCUGCUGUUCUGCCUCAGGAGAGAUUCCACUGCGCUGGGAGCCCAUCCAGCUACACUGACCCUGCUGCCCUGGCCACAGUGUGUGUCAGUGUGGAGCCGCUCUACGCUGGUGUUUUUGCAGGCUCUCUCAGUAUGAGUGUUAACAUCUCUCUGGAGCUCGACCCAGGAAGAGCAUCGAGUCGGCUGCUUUUCAGCAACACCGCGGGGGAGGUGUCUCAGAGCCUGUCUGUGAAGGACCGGGAGUGUGUGGUCCAGGAGAUCAGAGUUCCGGACUGUAUUGAGGAUUACUCUCCUGUGGGGGUCCGGGGGAGUUUCUCAGUGAGCGGAGAGGAGAUUCAGGGGUCCCGAGGCCUGAGGCCAAUUUUGACCCCCGACUGCAACACAGAAUUCACAGGGCAGCUGCCACUGGAGAAGAUUUGUGGAGAAGAUGACAUCUGUGUUGCUGAUCUGAGCGUCUCCUUUAACUUCUCCGGUUCCCGGUUCAUUGUGGCGAGCUCGUCCUUCGUUCUGAAUGUCAUAGUGAACCUGACCAAUGCUGGCGAGGAUUCAAACAGCAGUGAGGUGGUUCUGCUCUACCCGGCAGCGCUCUCCUUCACGAAAGCCAUCGUGGUGCAGUCCACGUGGCGCGUGAGUCUGGCCUGCACUGCAGUCAGGAUCCCGGGGAAGGCAGUGCUGGAGAGGACCUCCUGUGAAGUCAGCGCCCCUAUCCUGAAGGAAGGAGCCACUGUGCUGUUGCUCGCCUCCUUUGCCGUGUCCAGACCUGAUGAUCUGAAGGACAGCCUGGAGAUCAACGUGACAGCCAGGAGUAAAAACGAAAACUUAACUUUAGAAGAUAACUUUGCAAGAGAUUCGAUUCCUGUAUUACAGCCAAUUAAUGUCAUUGUGAGGGGGGCUGAAUCAACGCAGUACCUGAACUUUACAGGAAGUCUCCAGGAAAGCAAACUAGCGGAGCAUUCCUAUGAGGUGAGGAACCUGGCCAAGGCGGCUCCAGUGAACAUGACUUUUAUAGUUCCACUGGAACUUGAACACGGGUUCAAAUGGAACAUCUCUAUACCACAGGCCUGUGUUAAUGAGGGUGAAGUGAAGGGGAACUCAAAUCAAACUGAUUAUCAGCAUGGGAGAAUCUCUACAGCAAAGGGCUGCCAGGGAACUCUCUGUCGCGUGAUUCACUGCGCCAUCGAUCAGCUGACCAAGGAGCAGCCAAUCAGAUUCACUUUCUCAGGGAAUGUCAUAAAGGAUAAGACGCAGAGGGAAGUGAAGCUGAAGCUGGAGAGCUGGGGGUUCCUGUCCUACAAUCAACAGAAAUACACCCAGUACCCCGACGGGAAGUACCACCAGGCACAGGUUGUGACAGACCUGGAGGUUCUUGUUGAAGUGAACUACGUCCCGAUCAUUCUGGGGAGCACAUUGGGGGGGCUCUUCAUCCUGCUAUUGAUCUUUGUCAUUCUCUUCAAGGCUGGAUUUUUCAAGAGACUCGUCGGAGCCACUAACGACCAAUGAGCAAGAAAGUUAAAACCACCCUGAAACCAGUCCAUAGAAACCAACCUCGUUCCCACUAUCAAACUGGUUUGCAAACCAUCAUGCAAAUUUAAAAGGGAGGGGAAACAACACAUACAUUUGAAACCACCUAUUCUUUCAAUCUGUGCUAAAAUAACUACACUAAAUCUUCAACAUGUAUAAGCAGCCUUUUGUAGAUCUCACAUUGUCCAACACGAAAAAUGACGUUCGUGAGAGUGACAUGGACCUCUUUGCUGCCAUUAUCAAAUACGACAUGUAGCCGUUCGCGCACGUUUGUAGCAUAACGCUGGUUUCAUUCAUCCGUCCCGCGACAUCCUCCCGGAUUAAAAAUUAAAAUAACAGGAAGCGGCGGGAAUGCGUAAGCAGCCGACUGAUGUGCGCCUUCGUUGCUUUAUUAUGUCGGUUUUACCAGUUGAAAAAAGACGUGCGAGCGAUUUUUUUUUCUUUUUUUUAAGCAGCUGGACGAAGCUGAAAGUUACACAGUACUGCAUCAAUGCCAUAUUGCGUUUAAUAAAGAGCCAGCCGACAGUACCGCUCCUAUCGCACGUAUAUAUUUUUUUCUCAUUACUGUAGUUCCAGUGUUUUUCUUAAAACGCGUUUUUCACUGCUUGCUAAAGCCCCAUUUCUUUUGAGGCUCUCAUUAAGAACAUCUGCAAAGUGUCCUUCUUUCAUUUCCGAAACGUUGCUCGCCUUAGCUCAUCCUUACCCGUGCCCGACGUCGAGAAACUAAAACAUGUCUUUAUUUCAUCAAGGUUGCACUAUUGUGAUGCUUACUAGUGUCUCUUCAAAACUAAUAUCAUAGGCUGCAGCAGGUGCAAAAUAGUGCUGCAGGGGUUUUGAAGAGAACAGGAAAGCAUGAUCACAUAUGCCCAAUCUCAGCAUCUCUUCAUUGGUUGCCAGUAAACCUUAGCAUCGAUUACACGACUUUUAAAAUCUUACACAGUCUUAGGACGUGCUCUGUGAUUAUGUACCGCAGCGGGGUUUGUGAUCUGCCAGUAGUGCUUAACUGCUUGUGCCCAGGACAAGGUUGUGCACUCUGGGCGAUCGGGAGCUUUUGUUUCGGUGGCCCCUCGCCUCUGGAAUAGCCUGCCUGGACAUUUGAAGGACUGUGAAACCUACUGAGGCUUUUAAACCGGGACUAAAGACUUAUUUUUAUCAGCUGCUGUUUUUGUAAUGUGUUUACUGUUUUUAGGUUUGUUUUAAUCUUUCUGUAAAGUGCUUUGAGAUUUGUGUAUGAAGGGCACUAUAUAAAAUACAUUAUUAUUAUUAUUAUUAUUAUUAUUAUUAUUAUUAUUAUUAUUAUUAUUAUUAUUAUUACAGCACAGAACUGUAUUGUAACUGUUGUUUUCCAGUGCUGUAGUACAAACUGCAUGUUACUGUACAUUUAGAAAUGACAUUUGCUGUGCAUUUAGUGAUUAUAUCUGUUGAAAUGGUGUGUGUGUAGAUAGAUAUAUAGAGAGGGAGAGAUAGAGGGAGACAGAGAGAGAGAUAGAGAGCGAGAGAGAGAGGUAGAGGGAGAGAUAGAGCGAGAUAGAUAUAGAGUGAGAGAGAGGUAGAGAGAGAGGUAGAGAGAGGGCAGCAGUGCGGAGUAGUGGUGAGGGCUCUGGACUCUUGACCGGAGGGUUGUGGGUUCAAUCCCAGGUGGGGGGACACUGCUGCUGUACCCUUGAGCAAGGUACUUUACCUAGAUUGCUCCAGUGAAAAACCCAACUGUAUAAAUGGGGAAUUGUAUGUAAAAAUAAUGUGAUAUCUGUAUAAUGUGAAAUAAUGUAUAAUGUGAUAUCUUGUAACAAUUGUAAGUCUCCCUGGAUAAGGGUGUCUGCUAAGAAAUAAAUAAUAAUGAGAGAUAGAGAGAGAUAGAUAGUGUUUAGUGAUUAUAUCUGUUAUAAUGGUGUGUGUAGAUAUAGAGAGAGGGGUAGAUAGAUAGAGUUUCUGGUUCAGCAUUGUAAUCAAGCACAUUUCACAAAACAGCCCCUCUCGUUUGUCCCUCGGGAGCCUGUGAUGGGAGGGGACAGAAACGAGUGCUGACUGUAAAGAUGAAAUCAGUUUUUAAUGUUCAUGCUUUUAGUAAAGAGAAAAUAUUCAUUGCUUCUUGCUGAGAAGAUUUAUUACAGUUAACCCUUGUGGUACUGGAGCAAAUACUUUGAGCCAACCCACAAAAUAACAGGAUUAUAAAAAGGAAAGAAAACCUAUCUUUGUGUCCGUAAGUGGACCGGUCUUUAAUUUGUCCCGGGAAUCAACGCACUUUGAACAAAAGGUACAAUGUUAAUCGAGCCACACUGGCAAUGGCCCACCACCAGACACAAUGUACUGCUGAAGAGGAACGGUCCAUUCUGGGUGCCACAAAGUGUAGCACGACAAUAUGUGAUUGUUUCUGAAGGUAAGGAUGAAUCACCUCCCACGUUAGCAGCUGAGCCUCGCCCUGGAUUACAAUCAACUGCAUUGAAUACCCUUAUUCUGUUAAACACCCAGCAGAACCAUGGGAGUUGACAUUCUUUUUUGCAUGCUUGAUAAGCCAGCUGUUAAGAUAUAUUUUAAAUAUGCCUAGGAAUUUGUCUAGGAAUACCUGGAAAUGCUUUUAAAUGACAAAACCAUGCUGUUUGAAUUUUACACAAGACAUUUGUAUAAUCACUUGGUUUGCAUGGUUGUUACAUUGUUUUGAAAGUAAUAAAACAGUUCUGCUUGUCACCAA